GUAAAGAGUACAAGAUUAAUUUUUAAUGUAAAAAUAUAAUUUUUCGUUAAAAUAACAAUAACGUAAAUUUUUCGUUAAAACUCUAUUUUUCUUUUUGUAUUUGACAACUUCCUCUGCAUUGGACGAUCAAUACAGCCACCUCUGCUUCCUUCCACUUCUCUCUUCAUUAAGCUAGCAGAUCCGAGCUCCUUCGCCUACUCCUCAAAGUCUCCCUGUGAAAUCGGGACUUGCAGCCAAGCACGGAGAGCCGAUACAACAAUCAGAGGUUUCAAAACGACAAUCCGCGUAGGAGAUUUGGGAAAUACCGAACUGUACCGAAAUCCGGAAAAAUUUUCGAAAAUCCUGAAAUUUCGGUUCGCCGGGUUUCAAAAUCUUGUUCCGAAAAUUUUCGGUUUGGAAUUUGAAAUACCAUUUUUGGUUUGGGAUCCCAUACCGAACCAGCCCUCUUCAGUCAACUGCACGGCGUAUAUUUGUGGCGGGGUUUAUUAAUUGUAAGAAGAAGAAAGUAGUUCCGCCAGAAAAUGAAGGAAAUGGACAACUGGUCGAGCUUAGGGAAGCUGUAAAUCAUGGUGCUGGUUUUAGUGUCCUACCACUUCGCCCAUCGCAAUUCCGGUCGUCUUUGAUCUCCUCAUAUUCCUGCUUUGCUCCCUCGGCCUUGUCUUUCGGCAAAUGGAUAUCUCCGUCCCCUAUAAAGCCUCGUCCUCGUCCCCUUCCUCAAAAGGUUGGCUUUACAAUGUGUUCAUAAGCUUCAGAGGCGAAGACACACGUAAAAACUUCACGGGCCACCUUUAUGAAGCAUUGACAAGGGCCGGAAUCAACGCUUUUAUUGACGACGAAGAACUAAAAAAGGGAGAAGAUUUAAAAACCAAAUUUGAGCGAGCAAUCCAAGGUUCUAAGAUCUCUAUCAUCGUCUUCUCUAGACAGUAUGCAAACUCCAGCUGGUGCCUCGAGGAGCUGGUUAAGAUCAUGGAGUGUAGAAGAACGCUGGGGCGGUUAGUUUUGCCGAUAUUCUAUGACGUUGAUCCUUCGCAUGUCAGGAAACAGACUGACAGUUUUGGAAAAUUGUUUCUCGAACAUAUAGAUGAAAAGAAGGUAGAGAGGUGGAGAACUGCUCUUACUGAAGCUUCGAAUUUGUCAGGCUGGAAUCUCAGAAACACUUUGGACGGGCAUGAAGCAAAGUUUAUCAGGAUGAUUACUGAGGAAGUCACUAGGAAGCUAAACAACACAUACUUAGACGUAGCACCCUACCAAGUCGGACUAGAUUCUCGAGUGCAAGAUAUCAGUAAUUAUUUAUGCAUCGGAGAUUCGGAUGAUGUUCGCAUGAUUGGAAUUUUGGGCAUGGGUGGAAUAGGUAAAACAACGAUUGCUAAGGCCAUUUAUAACAAAUUUUGUGAAAGGUUUGAAGGUAAAUGUUUCCUUGAAAAAGUGAGGGAAAAGAAACUAGAAAAAUUGCAAAGACAACUUCUUUCUGAUAUCUUGCAAAUGACCAAGACAGAGGUAAGCAGUGUUGCUGCAGGGACCGCCUUGGUAGGGGAAAGAUUUCGACGCUUAAGGGUACUUGUCAUAGUUGAUGAUGUAGAUGAUGCGAAGCAACUACGUGAAUUAGCUGGAAAUUGCCACUAUUUUGGCCCGGGGAGCAGAAUCAUCAUCACAACUAGAAUUGAACGUGUGCUAAAAGAAUUUGCAAUUGAUGAGAUAUAUCGGGAGAAAGGAAUGGACCGAGAAGAAGCUCUUGAGCUCCUAAGUUGGCAUGCUUUCAGAAGUAGUUGUUGUCCUAGUCAAUAUCUUGUGCUCGCUAAAGAAGUUGUCAAUUACUGUGGAGGAUUGCCGCUGGCUCUUGAAGUUUUAGGAUCUACUCUUUUCAAACGAAGUGUAGAUGAAUGGAGAAGUAUAUUGGAUGAAUUGAAAAUGAUUCCUCGUGGAGAAAUUCAGGCACAACUGAAAAUAAGCUACGAUGGGCUAAAUGAUAAUUACAAGAGGCGGAUAUUCCUCGAUAUAGCUUGUUUUUAUAUCGGAAUGGACAAGAACGAUGUCAUACAAAUCUUGGAUGGUUGUGGCUUUUAUGCAACAACAGGAAUCGAGGUCCUCCUUGACCGGUGCCUUGUAACUAUUGGUAGAAAAAACAAGAUUAUGAUGCAUGAUUUGCUUCGAGACAUGGGCAGAGAUAUUGUGCAUACAGAAAAUCCCGAUUUCCCCGGAGAACAAAGUAGAUUGUGGCGUCCUGAAGAUGUAAAUGAUGUAUUGAUAGACAAAUCUGGAACUGAAAAAGUUGAAGGGCUGGCUUUGGAUUUGCCAAGUGUUAAAGAGAUUAGUUUCAGUACUGAGGCAUUUAGAAAUAUGAAGAGACUGAGAUUGCUCCAACUAAACUACGUUCGGCUCGCUGGGGGAUACCAAUGUCUUUCCAAAAAAUUAAGAUGGCUGUGCUGGCAUGGAUUCCCAUUGGAGUUCAUACCAAUAGAACUGUGUCAACCAAACAUAGUCGCUAUCGACAUGCGGUACAACAGCCUCAAACAAGUUCUUUGUGAGUCUUCUGGGUUGCUUAAUAAGUUGAAGAUUCUGAAUCUCAGCCACUCCCACAAUCUAACACAAUCUCCAGACUUUUCGAAACUCCCAAAUCUUGAGAAAUUGAUACUCAAAGACUGUAAGAGGUUGGUUAAAGUUCACAAGUCCAUCGGAGAUCUCAAGAGUCUUGUGUUGGUGAAUUUGAAAGACUGUAAAAUGCUUAAGGCUCUCCCAAGGAGUUUCUACAAGUUGAAAUCUGUCAAAACUCUUGUUCUCGAUGGUUGUUCAGGAUUCCGAAGCUUGUCUGAGCACUUGGGAAAAAUGGCAUCAUUGGUCACUCUUUUUGCUGAUGGGACGGCCAUAAAAAAAGUACCACGUUCCAUCGUACGAUUGGAGAAGCUCGAGUGCUUAUCUUUGAGUUACUUGAAGUGUCCUUUGCGGCUACCUUCCUUACGAGGCUUACGCUCUUUAAGAGACUUAAUUUUGGUGGACAACAAUUUAGAGGAAGUGCCUAAUGAUAUUGGGAGUAGUCUACCUUGUUUACAGAGCUUACGUCUAGAUAAGAAUAAUUUUCGGAGCCUUCCAAGCCUCAGUGGCCUCUCCAUGCUUCAUGCGCUAUUCUUGAUUGGUUGCAGAAACCUUGUCGAGAUCACAGAUUUACCAAAAAGUUUGGAUAUCCUGGAGAUAGAAGACUGCUUUGCAUUAGUAAGAAUGCCAGAUUUUUCAGGCAUGCGGACACAUGUGUAUCUUGAUUGCCCCAAACUCAUUGAGUAUCCAGCCUUGGACAGCGCGUUAAACUCAUUGAGUUUGCACACCACCCCCCUUCACCUCCCGAGAAAUUAUUAGAUGGUACCGUAUCGUCACGUCAGCUCGUGAUACUUCCAUUCAAAUUUUGACGUGUGUGUAGUUUUCACAGCUGGAUUUAAAAGCUUUUUUCAGUUUGGAAACAAAA